UUGUUGCGUUCGUAUUCGUAAACGAAUAGAGCCAGUUUGUAUCUAUUAAACAGUUUAUUUAUUUAAUUUGACUUGUCUAUAAUAAUUUCACUGUAUAAAUAUUUUUAUUAUUUAAAAUAUGGAUGACAGCAAUAUUCCCAUUGAUAUAAAUAUAGGGAAACUACAGGAUUGGCUGGUGAGCCGUCGGCAUGUGAAUAAAGAAUGGCAGAAGAAUAUAUUAGCAGUAAGGGAAAAAAUAAACAAUGCUAUUCAAGAUAUGCCCGCUCAUGACGACAUAGCAGCAUUGCUAUCUGGCAGUUACAUCAAUUACUUUCAUUGCUUGAAGAUUAUUGAAAUCCUUAAAGAGACAGAAGCCGACACAAAAAAUCUCUUUGGUCGAUAUGGUUCACAAAGAAUGAAAGAUUGGCAGGAUGUUGUAAAGAGUUAUGAAAAAGAAAAUUUGUAUUUGGCUGAGGCAGCUCAAAUGCUGGUAAGAAAUAUUAGUUAUGAAAUACCUGGCCUUAAGAAACAGAUAGCGAAGGAGGAGCAGAUGCAAGCGGAAUGUGAAAAAAAACAUACUGAUUAUCUGAAAAAUGAAGCAUUGUGCAAGUCUGAAUUUCUGAAUCAAUGUAAGCAGCUAGGUAUACAAGGGGAAAAGAUCAAGAGAGAGUUGGUUGACAGGUUACAGGAAUUACCUGAUAUUUACGAUAAGAUAGGAAAAUCAUUGAAGCCCUUGCUCCCAGGCAUUGAGCUUUACGCAGCGUUCACAAAGUAUGCAUUAGGAGAUAGGGCAACAGAAGUACUACCUCUAUUACAGUAUAUAGUCGAGCACGGUAACACUACUGUUUAUGAAUGGAGCUACGGGGAACCACCCCUGAGUGUGGAGCCUGAUCCCAUUCAUAUUGAGUUUGAUGAUGAAGAACAUGCAGCUGGUGAUAAGAUUGAUUUUGGGGAUGCGGCCAUAGAUUUUGGCUCAAUAGAUGAUGCAGCAGGUCAGAUUGACUUUGGAGAUGGUGAAGCUGCUGCAGAAAUUGACUGGGGUAACAUUGACAAUGCAGGUGCUGGAGAUUUAGAUUUGUCAGUGAACAUGGCUGAUGUUUCAUUGGAUGAAUCUGGUAUAGUGGUAGAAGAUCAAGGCAUGGGUGGUGGGGUGGCUCGUGGGAAGGAUGCUCUCACGCUUCUGGACAAUCCAUCCACUAGGAACCAAUUCAUAGAUCAAUUGGUUGAGUUGGAGUCGUUUCUCAAGAUGCGUUUAUACGAGACGAACAUUAUGGAGAGCUCAGGUUUCUCAUUAAUGCCUCAGUUGCCCGUUGAGAGUGCUGAUGCACUGGUCGAGAUGUUGGCAGCUGUACAAGUGGCCGCGUCGAGACUCACAGCGCCUGAAGCUAAUCAUCUGCAUAAUGUGAAACAUUCGCCCAGAUACGUGGACGUGCUAACGGCUCAGCUGAAACAGAAGUUGUCAUUAUGCGAUAAGCUGUCGCGUUUAGCGUCGCGUGCGGCAGAACAACGCGAUGCGGCGGCGACGCGAGCGCUUCACCUGCGCCCUCUACUCAACAAGAUUAUAGAGAGGACUAGGGAGCUGCAAGCUAACAUUGAAAGUGACAUCUCAAAGAAGUACAAAGGUAGACCGGUUAACAUUAUCGGAGGAGUGAAGUUCUUAUAAGAAAAAAUGUAUAAAGUGUAUCUGUUUAUAAGUGCCGUUGAUUUGUGACAUAAUUAUAAUAUCUUGUUAUGUA